CUACUACCAAGUGAACGUGAAUCCACAUCACUCAUGGAUUCGAAAGGAAAUAUAUAUAACAAAAGGUCUGUUACUGAUAAUGAUAGUGAUCGGAAAUUUCUCAUUGAUUUCAUCAUUACUACUUACUUGGGACCUGAUGUUAACUCUCAUGAUCCAAAAUGUUCUGUUAUUCAAAGACGCAAGGAUGGAUUCCCACCCUAUGCCUUGAGUGAUUUGGGACCUUCCUAUGUUAGCAUUUCUUUCUUGGAGAGAUUGUAUUACUAUCUACUUAGAGAUGCUUUUCCUCAACUUAUCUUAGAUCUCAAUAUGUUCCAUAUGUAUCUAAAGGGAAAAUUAUUUUUACCCACCUCUCACUUCACUGAGGAUAGUCCUCAGUUCACAAGUUUUUUCCCAUUGGAUCUUCACCAUCAGAUAUGGUAUCCUGAUAGCUUCAGAAUAGUUAAAGGGGUUGUUUUAAUUGAUGAUCCUUCCGUGCUGUGCAUCAAAGAGGAGAAUUUAAAUAGAUUCAGGUCUUUAACUGGUUCCAGCACUUUGAAGUUAAAUCUAACUGAAUGCCUGCGUUUUCAACUUGACCUGCAAACAAGCAAGCCUGGUGGUGGUAAUUGCAUGAACAAAGUGGCAGAGACAGUUCCAAAUGGUGGAUGCCAAUCAUCAAAGUUUCAAGAAGAGCCCAAGCAAAAGUAUAUUGAUGAUACUCUACCAGUGCCAGAAUUUCCCCAUGUCUAUAGUACAAGAAAUAAUGCCAAGGGAGAUCCUUUGAAGAAUAUGUGCAAAUCUGAUGGGCAUGGGCCUACCUUGAUGCCCCUUCUCUCUGUUCCUGACACUGAUGACUGUGACCAAGAUUCUUAUCCUAUUUUAACAGGGACAGCAAGGAGAGGGUUAUUUGGUCCAUCUGUUGGUGUUGUGGAUAUUGGUAUAAGUAAAGUAGCCUAUCUGUUCCGAGUUUCCUUACCAGGGGUCAAGAAAGAUUACUCAGGUCAGUUCCGUUGUGAUAUUGAAUCAGAUGGGAAGGUUCAGAUCAAAGGGGUGCUAACUGGUGGAAGAAUUAUAAAAAAACAAUCACGGGUUUUUGAGAUGAAAAAUCAGCUGUUAUGCUCUUCUGGACCAUUCACACUUUCAUUUAAUCUUCCAGGACCAGUUGAUCCAAGACUCUUCUCACCUAACUUCAGGUCUGAUGGCAUUUUUGAAGGAGUUGUAAUCAAGCACUAACAAGAGUUGGGUAUCUAGCUUUUGUAAUUCUAAAUUUCCUUAAAAGCAAGGCCCAAGAUGUUUUCUUGCAGGAAGCCUGAUCGCUUCAGAUGCUAUAUCUGUCCUCUAAAUUAUUAAGAAACUAAUUAUGUUUGAGUAAAAUUAGUAAGGAAAUAGAAUGAUCUAGUUAGUCUACAAAAGAGUUUGCAUGUAUAUGCAAGGAAGCAUUGAUUUUCUCUACUUAAAGGGUGAAUGUGUAAUUGAGGAGUGGG